GCCCUUUCGCGUGUCCGCGCUCCCUCCCCUUCUCCGCCACCUCCUCCUCCUCCAUUUUGCGAGCUCGUGUCUGUGACUGGAGCCCGAGUCACCGCCCGCCCGUCGGGGACGGAUUCUAGUGGGUAGAAGGAGACGCCGCAGCCGGAGCAGCCGGAGCGGCCGGGCGCCGGGACUGGGGACGCGUGACGCGCGCUCGGGAAUCCGGACUCCGAGACGCGAGCGGAGCCGGGCGGGGGACUGGCUUGUCAGCCGAGAAAUGGGAGACUUUCUUAAAUAGGGGCUCUCUCCUCCCGCCCAUGGAAAGGGGGCGGCUGUUUACUUCCUUUUUUUUUAAGAAAAAUAUAUUUCUCUCCUGCUCCUCCCGCUUUCACACGCUAACUUGUUUAUCUCGGCUGCGCUGGGAGCUGCGCACGGUGGCGGUGAGCGGGGCAGCUGCCAGAGCUGAGUUUCACCUAUGGACGCCAAAGAAUCAUUACCCACCCCCAGUAGAGAAGAAAUCCCCAGCAGUGUGCUUGGUCAGGAGAGGGAAAAUGUGUUGGACUUCUAUAAAACCCUAAGGGGAGGAGCUACUGUGAAGGUUUCUGCAUCUUCACCCUCACUGGCUGCUGCUUCUCAGUCAGACUCCAAGCAGCACAGACUUUUGAUUGAUUUUCCAAAAGGCUCAGUAAGCAAUGUGCAGCAGCCAGAUCUGUCCAAAGCAGUUUCACUCUCAAUGGGACUGUAUAUGGGAGAGACAGAAGCAAAAGUGAUGGGAAAUGACCUGGGAUUCCCACAGCAGGGCCAAAUCAGCCUUUCCUCUGGGGAAACAGACUUUCGGCUUCUGGAAGAAAGCAUCGCAAACCUCAGUAGGUCGACCAGUGUUCCAGAGAACCCCAGGAGUUCAGUGUCCACUGCUGUGUCUGCUGCCCCAACAGAGGAGUUUCUAAAAACUCAUUCCGGUGUAUCUUCAGAACAGCAAAAUUUGAAGGGCCAGACUGGCACCAGCGGUGGCAAUGUGAAGUUGUACACUGCAGACCAAAGCACCUUUGACAUUUUGCAGGAUUUGGAGUUUUCUUCUGGGUCCCCAGGUAAAGAGGCAAAUGAGAGUCCUUGGAGAUCAGACCUGUUGAUAGAUGAAAACUGUUUGCUUUCUCCUUUGGCAGGAGAGGAUGAUCCAUUCCUCUUGGAAGGAAACUUGAAUGAAGACUUCAAGCCUCUCAUUUUACCGGACACUAAACCUAAAAUUAAGGAUGAUGGAGAUCUGAUCUUAUCAGGCCCCAACAGUGUACCACUGCCCCAGGUGAAAACAGAAAAAGAAGAUUUCAUCGAACUGUGCACCCCUGGGGUAAUUAAGCAGGAAAAAUUGGGCCCAGCUUACUGUCGGGCAAGCUUUUCUGGAGCAAAUAUAAUUGGUAAUAAAAUGUCUGCCAUUUCUGUUCAUGGUGUGAGUACCUCUGGAGGACAGAUGUACCACUAUGACAUGAAUACAGCACCCCUUUCUCAACAGCAGGAUCAGAAGCCUAUUUUUAAUGUCAUUCCACCAAUUCCUGUUGGUUCAGAAAAUUGGAAUAGGUGCCAAGGAUCUGGAGAUGACAACUUGACUUCCCUGGGAACUUUGAACUUCCCUGGUCGGUCGGUUUUUUCUAAUGGCUAUUCAAGCCCUGGAAUGAGACCAGACGUAAGCUCUCCUCCAUCUAGCUCCUCAGCAGCAACGGGACCACCUCCCAAGCUCUGCCUGGUGUGUUCUGAUGAAGCUUCGGGAUGUCAUUAUGGAGUUUUAACUUGCGGAAGCUGUAAAGUAUUCUUCAAAAGAGCAGUGGAAGGACAACACAACUAUCUUUGUGCUGGAAGAAAUGACUGUAUCAUUGAUAAAAUUCGAAGAAAAAACUGCCCAGCAUGCCGCUAUCGAAAAUGUCUUCAGGCUGGAAUGAACCUGGAAGCUCGAAAAACAAAGAAAAAGAUAAAAGGAAUUCAGCAGACCACUACAGGAGUCUCACAAGAAACUUCUGAAAAUCCUGCUAACAGAACAGUAGUUCCUACAUCAUUACAACUCACCCCUACCCUGGUGUCACUGUUGGAGGUCAUUGAACCUGAGGUGAUAUAUGCAGGAUAUGAUAGCUCUGUUCCAGAUACGACUUGGAGGAUCAUGUCCACACUCAACAUGUUAGGUGGGCGGCAAGUGGUUGCAGCAGUGAAAUGGGCAAAGGCGAUACCAGGAUUCAGAAACUUACACCUGGAUGACCAAAUGACCCUACUGCAAUACUCAUGGAUGUUUCUCAUGGCAUUUGCCCUGGGGUGGAGAUCAUAUAAACAGUCAAGUUCAAACCUGCUGUGUUUUGCUCCUGAUCUGAUUAUUAAUGAGCAGAGAAUGGCUCUACCCUGCAUGUAUGAACAAUGUAAACAUAUGCUAUUUGUUUCAUCUGAGUUACAGAGGCUUCAAGUGUCUUAUGAGGAGUAUCUCUGUAUGAAAACCUUACUGCUGCUUUCUUCAGUUCCUAAGGAAGGUUUGAAAAGCCAAGAGCUAUUUGAUGAAAUUAGAAUGACCUACAUCAAAGAGCUAGGAAGAGCAAUUGUCAAGAGGGAAGGAAACUCCAGUCAGAACUGGCAACGGUUUUAUCACCUGACAAAAUUCUUGGACUCCAUGCAUGAUGUGGUUGAAAAUCUCCUUAAGUAUUGCUUCCAGACAUUUUUGGAUAAGACCAUGAGUAUUGAAUUUCCAGAGAUGUUAGCCGAAAUCAUUACCAAUCAGAUGCCAAAAUAUUCAAAUGGAAAUAUCAAAAAACUUCUAUUUCAUCAAAAGUGACUGCCUUAAUGAGAAAGAUUGCCUUAAAGAAAGUUGAAUUUAUUGCUUUUAUUGUGCAAACUAUCAAUUUGUCCUGUAGAGGUUUUGUUCUUUUAUUUUUCUUUUUUGUUUUUGUCUGUUUUAUUGUUUUGUUUUAAAUAUGCACUACAUGUGGUUUAUAGAGGGCCAAGAUUUGGCAGCAGAAGCGUUGAGUCAUCACUUUUUCAGUGAUGGGAAAGUAGAUAGUGAAGUUCAUUAAUUGAUAUAUAUCGGAAAUUAGAAACAAUAAUGUGGGGGUAAUCUCCACUGUUAGAGAAGGAUGGCACCUAAACCACCAGUGCCCAAAAUCUGCUUGAUGAACUUUCUGCUCAUACUUUUCAUAGUUGGCUGGAUAAAAUUUUCUGGAUUUUUUUUUUUUUUUUGGUGUAUUUUCCCCUGUAUAGUUAGGAUAACAUUUUAGAUUUAUGCAUGGAAAUCUGAAAAAAGUUUACAAGUGUAUAUCAGAAAAGGGAAGUUGUGCCUUUUAUAGCUAUUACUGUCUGGUUUUAACAAUUUCCUUUAUAUUCAGCAAACUACGCUUACUCAUUUUUUCUUACAUAAUUUUUGUAUUCAAGUUAUUGUACAGCUGUUUAAGAUGGGCAGCUAGUUCAUAGCUUUCCUAAAUAAACUCUAAACAUUAAUCUUCUGUGUGAAAAUGGGUUGGUGCUUCUAACCUGAUGGCACUUUGCUAUCAGAAGACCACAAAAAUUGACUCAAAUCUCCAGUAUUCUUGUCAAAAAAGCUCAUAUUUUGUAUAUAUCUGCUUCAGUGGAGAAUUAUAUAGGUUGUGCAAAUUAACCGUCCUAACUGGUACAGAGCACCUAGUCUAGUGACCUGCUGGGUAAACUGUGGAUGAUGGUUGCAAAAGAUUAAUUUAAAAAAUAAUAACUACCAAGAGGCCCUGUUUGUAUCUAAUGCCCUAUCUCUGCAAUGGUUAGAUGGCAAGAAAGUUGGUAAAGUAAAUGUCUUUCGGGACCUUUUGUAGUAGUUUGUAUAACUUCUUAAAAGUUAUGAUUCCCGAUAACCAGCUGUAACACAGCUGAGAGAUUUUUAAUCAGAUCAAGUAAUUCCUCUCACUAAAUUUUACCCAAAAUUCAAUGUCUAAUAUGGCAGAAGUGGCUAGACACCCAUUUUCACAUUCCCAUCUGUCACUAAUUGGUCUAUCUUUCCUGGUGGUACAGGAAAGCUCAGCUACUGAUUUUUAUGAUUUAGAACUGUAUGUCAGACAUCCAUGUUUGUAAAACUACACAUCCCUAUGUGUGCCAUACAGUUUAACAUAAGUCUUGUGAAUUUAUUCACUGUUGAGAAUUAUCAUUUUAAACAAAAUAGAAGCUAUAGUAGCCCUUUCUGUGUGCACCUUACCAGCUUUCUGUAAACUCAAAACUUAACAUAUUUACUAAGCCACAAGAAAUUUGAUUUGUAUUCAAGGUGGCCAAAUUAUUUGUGUAAUAGAAAACUGAAAAUAUAAUAUUAAACAUAUGAAACUUCUAAUAUAUUUUUAUAUUUAGUUAUAGUUUCAGAUAUAUAUCAUAUUGGUAUUCACUAAUCUGGGAAGGGAAGGGCUACUGCAGCUUUACAUGCAACUUAUUAAAAUGAUUGUAAAAUAGCUUGUAUAGUAUAAAAUAAGAAUGAUUUUUAGAUGAGAAUGUUUUAUCAUGACAUGUUAUAUAUUUUUUGUAGGGGUCAAAGAAAUGUUGAUGGAUAGCCUAUAUGAUUUAUAGCGUGUGCAAGCAUUCAUACAGGCAGCAGUGGUCUCAGAAACCAAACAGGUUUGCUCUAGGGAAAGAAAGAGAUAGAGACUGGCCCUGUGUGCAGUGAAGGUUGCUGAGGCUCUGACCUGAUCAGAUCACGGAGGAAGUAAUCCUCUGCUUCCCAUUCUGACCACUCUUCUCAUUCCAACAGUGAGUCUGUCAGAGCAGGUUCAGUUUACUAAAUCUCCCACUGCGCUAAAGUGUGUAAGCAGGAGACAGAAAGGUGGUGCUUAAAUACUUACAGGCACCAUCUAAUAGCGGGGUUACUUUCACAUACAGCUUCUCAACAGUUUAAUAAAAACAGAGGCAUUAGAAGUUUGGCAAUAAUAUGCAUAGAGGUACCAGCAAUAUGUAAAUAGUGCAGAAUCUCAUAGGUUGCCAAUAAUACACUAAUUCCUUUCUGUCCUACAACAAUAGUUCAUUUCUAAAUAAAAUGAGAACAUGUUUAUGUUUUCUUUGGCUGCUUUUUGAAUGUUAUUUGUUAUUUUCAGUAUUUUGGAGAAAUCAUUUAAUAAACACCGUAAUCAUUCGCUUUUUUCCAUGCUCUCUAAAAGGGAACGUUCCUGUUAUAAUGGUUUAAAUUGAUCUCCCAGUAUUUUAAGAUGGUUUGUAACCCAGCUAGAUGUGAAAUUUAUUGUGCCUAAGAAAUAUUGCUUGGAUAUUAUUAUCAAUGACAGUGUUAAGUUUCAAAAAGAGCUUCUGAAAAAUAGAUUAUUGUUACUUUAUAGAAUGUUAUAUGGUUAAAACCAGAAAGCACAUCACACAUUGAUCUUAUUUCAGUCCCAACAACUUUGGCUCUCAAAAAAUAGUCAGUGAAAAAUAUGUGCCCUUUGUUGUCAAUAGGAAGCCAAAUGACAUUCAUUUAAAAAAAAAAAAAAAACUAUAGGAGGCUUUUCAUUAAGGGUAAAAGGAAGCUGUGCCCUUUUAGAAUAUGUGGGGGAAAAAGAAAGUUAUCUUAAUUAUGUUUGUUUGAGUAUAAUUAUGGAUAAAAAAGAUAUGGUGCUGUCUGAAAGUAGCUUCAUUUUCUACAUAUGUGGUUAUCUUGCAAUCCCAAAUACUGAAGUUUGUAGUAAUUUCAGUGAGAGUUGGUGAGAUGUGUAGGUGACUCACAACGAAUCCUGAAAAGCAUUUUUAAUUAAUGGUGGAUGUUUUUAGGCAUUGCUCAGUGUUUUUAGGCAUUGCUCUGGGAUACUUAUUAUACAGGCAGAACUCAGGAGCUAAGGGCAUAACACUUUUAGGGUAUAUAUACCCAACCAUCUAAAACUAUGGAAGGGGAACCUAAAAGAGCACUUGCCUUCUCUUGGGCAGAAAAAAAACCAAAAAAAAAAACAAAAAAAAACAAAACUUGGCCAGCCCAGGAGGAAAACUAACAAGAAUAGUGUCUAUGAAGAGAGCCUGAUGAUGAUUAGCAUAGGAUAAGCUCUGGGCAUGUACAUAGAGGAAAGCCAGCUUCACUUCAGAAUUUGCGGGUAGGGGGAGAUGGGCAAUUCCAAUUUUAUCGAAGUCUUAUCAUUUUAGUUCCCUUUUAAAUACCCUGAAACUACAUCAACAUGGAAUGAACAAUAUUAAUAUAUUUUGAUCUGGUGAAAUUCAAGAACCAUGGUAGCCUUCAGUGAGAUUUCAAUCUUGGUUGGUCACCCAACAACUGUAGCUGUAGAUGAAUGUGUUUUUAUGUGCCUGGUUUCAGUGAUGGAAAGGAAAAUAAAAAUGUAAAGAGGACAUUUUAAACCCCUUUGAAUGGAAGUUUCAUCAUUUUCCAGACUUUUCAAUCAACUUGGCCCACCAGGGAUUAGUGUCCAGGUUUUCAGGAAAGGAUUAGAUUCUCUCUAGAAAAUAUUUGAAGAAGGAUUUUAUUUUCUGAUGAAAGGCUGUAUGAAAAUACCCUCCUCAAAUAACUUGCUUAACUACGUAUAGAUUCAAGUGUGUCAAUAUUCUAUUUUGUAUAUUAAACAAAUGCUAUAUAAUGGGGAAAAAUCUAUAUUAUACUGUGUAUGGCAUUAUUGAGAAGCUUUUUCAUUAUUUUUUAAUCACAGUAAUUUUAAAAUGUGUAAAAAUUAAAACCAGUGACUCCUGUUUAAAAAUAAAAGUUGUAGUUUUUUAUUCAUGCUGAAUAAUAAUCUGUAGUAAAAAAAAAAAUGUCUUUCUACCUACACAGUGAAAUGUCAGACUGUAAAAUCUUGUGUGGAAAUGUUUAACUUUCAUUUUUCAUUUAAAUUUGCUGUUCUGGUAUUACCAAACCACACAUUUGUACUGAACUGGCAGUAAAUGUUAGUUAGCCAUUUACAGCAAUGCCAAAUAUGGAGAAACAUCAUAAUAAAAAAAAAUCUGCUUUUUCAA